AUGGCCGCCGAACCUGCCAUUCCCACAACGCAGAUCCGAGUUGCGUCGCCCAACGGUCCCGUCACGAGGACGAUUCUUCAGACUCCUCUGCGAGAUGCCCUUGCAUCCGAGAUACCCGUCAUCGAUGUCUCGGCCAUAUUUGGUUCCUCGCUGGCCGACCGCCAAAACGUCGCUCGACAGGUCAACCACGCGGCCACCAACAUUGGCUUCUUCUACAUCAAGAACCACGGAAUCGACCCAUCUGCCAUAGACGCAACCUACCAAGCUGCGCUCAGCUUCUACCGCCAGGACCUCGACAAGAAGUUGGAAGCCACCAUGACCCAGAGCUCUCACUACAACGGAUAUCGCGCCCCUGACACGCAAAGGCUGAAUCCCGAAGAGGGAAUCGAUGUUCGAGAGAGCUUCUCCGUGUCGUAUGACCCGAGAGAUGACCCGCAAGUGAGCAGCCUGCAGGACAUCCCGCCAGGCGCAAUGCAGCACCUUGGUAUAGAGCAUCACCACUUCUCCAAGACGCAGCACGUGCCGGGCUUCAGGCAGGCAGUCAAGGCUUACUUUGCGGCCUGUCUUUCGCUCGCGAGGGCCCUCACGCGUACCUUUGCGCUUUCGCUGGCUCUCCCGGAGACGGCAUUGGAUGGCAAAGUCGCCUACCCAAACGCCACGUUGAACAUGAACUACUACCCUCCCAUCCCCAGCAGCGCCCGUCUCCCUCUCGCACCGACGGAUUUCGACGCCACCAGGGUCUCGAUCGGCUCUCACACCGACUUCCAGUUCUUCACCAUCCUGUGGCAAGACAUGGUCGGUGGCCUGCAAGUGCUCAAUCGGGAUGGGCAGUGGAUCAAGGCCAAGCCCAUACCCGGUACUUUGAUCGUCAACAUUGCCGACUUGCUGCAGAGAAUCACCAAUGACAGAUAUGUCAGCACCAUUCACAGAGCGCAGAACUGGAGCGGCAAGGAGCGAAUCAGCCUGGCCUUUUUCUGGGGGUUCGGUCUCCACGAGACGUGCGGCGUGUUGGACAGCUGUGUUGCCGAAGGGCAGGAGAAGAAGUAUCCAGAGGUUCGAUGCCUGGACUGGCUGAGGAAGCGGGUAAAUGACAUGACGGAGGUGGAACGGGAGAGCAAGGGGCCGUGA